UAAUCCUUCAUAGUGCUGUUCCUUUUGUUCCAUGCAGCGCUUCUCGUUCUGUUUAUUCUUUCUACGGACCCGGAGGCUGUGCGGGGGACUGGGUCGUGGAGAUCGGCUUUACAUCUGCCCGUUCUCUGUGAGUUGGGCUUUGCGCUCAUGGUCACCGCCGCUUCCACUGUGAUCACGGUAACGCUGGUAUGGCGUCGUGGGAAUAUUUUUGUACACUGAGUUGAUAAAACGGUUGUCUUUGGAGAGGGUGUGUUUCAGAUUUUGAGGAGGUACAGAUGUACAAAAGUUGGAGAAGCUAGAAGUGGGAUUUAACUACGAAUGCUUCAACAGAAAACUGUCUUCUCUAGGGGACUUAUUGCUAAGUAACUAAUCAUUUUCCAUUUGUAUCUACUCCCCCUUCUUUCUCUCAUUACCCGGCGCUGCUGCAAACGCGGCGCUUGACCGAGUGCCCUGUCUGUUGCGUGUUGCACAAGCAAGACAGUUCAAACGAUUGGCAAUGGAGACGAGUCAGAAUGACAAACAUCAGGCAUUCAUAGACUUCGCGGAACACAUAAUAGAGGACUUCACGAAGCGCCAAGAGACCGAACCAGUCCGGUUUCUCUACAUGAAAUGCACCUACACAGUGUUGCAAGUGAUGUACUCGCUCAUAAGUGUCAUUCUUAGCUCCCUACUCUCUGCAUUGUUGACAAGGGGUUACUUGGGUCAGAGGUUAGGGAUGUCCGGUGGAGAAUCAUCGUGCAAUAGUGGAGCGGGCGCGGCGGGGUGAUCCCUUCGCAAGUGGGUGAAGCUUGUAAUAUCUUAAUCUUUACUCAAGACGUCGAUGGAUUUGUAAGAACUCGCGGCCAUAGAUACACUCUUACUUGUUGAUGUAAAGAUGAUUUCUAUUACGAGGACCAUGUGUACAACAGUAUUGAUGCAAAAGGCUUUAGCCUUUUCUCAAGUAGAAAAUACGCCAAGGAGCGG